UCCAUCCUAAACCAUAUGCUGAGAGUAGUCCGUUUAAAACUCGUGACACACAGAAUUUCAGUUGCAUCACAGACACUUACAGAAAACAUUACAUACAUAAUCUCAAAACAGUGAAAUCACCCGCCUCUCUUUCUCUCUUUCAUUACUACAUUUACGAGGUAGGUCUGGUCAUAUUAGUAGUUUUUGAAACGAGACUGUGAGACUGUGUUUUACAACAUUAAACUAAUCAAUAUUAUUAGCUGCUAUUUGCCAUUGUUUUAUCCAUUUAACUCAUUCUGUGUCACUAUUUGGCAUUAAUCAUUGUCGUGGCUGUUACUGAUUGGUCCAGAAGAGGGCUCUUUUCUGGACCAGGUUCUAGCUUCAACCUUUUUUCCUGGCUUCAACUAAACGGCGACUCUGGAUUGAACUGUCUGAGAAGUAAACAUUCCACUGCUCAGAGUAGAAUGUGCUGGAUGCAGAAGCUGAUUUCUUUGGUUUUCCUCUCAGAGCAGAGCACAAUCUCAAGUCAUCAGAGUAACACACAGACACCGAAAAUGGGCAAUGACUCCUCAUGCGAUGAUCAGGUGAGACGGGCACAAGAGGAGACGCGUCAGCAGGAGAGGGCACGUCUGGAGGAGCUGCAGCGUCAGUGGGAGUCGCAGCGUCUGCAGUUGGAACGUCAGCGGGAGUUGGAGCGUCAGCAGGAACGGGAGCGGGAGCUUCAGCAGGAGCGGGAGCGUCAGCAGGAGCGGGAGUGUCAGCUGCAGCGGGAGCGUCAGUGGGAGAGAGAGCGCUGGAAUUUGGAACAAGAGCAGCGGAGACUGCAGCAAGAGAAAGAAAUGAUAGAAAGAUUGCAAAGCGAGCGAGAGGAGGAGCAGAGGAAAGUGAUAGAGCAGCAGCGAGCAACAGAACAGAAGGAAAAGGAGAGAAUCCAGAAGAAAUUAAGUGCUUAAGACAGGGCUCGGCAACCCAAAUGUUAAGAGCCAUUUUGUCCUUUCAAUAAAAAAAUCAAACCACA